GAGGAGAGCACCUUGCUCUGAUCGUCAGACGGGAAACGGCUCCUCCCCACUUCCCUCCUGUCUGCCACGAAAAGCUAAAGCAGUGGCGUGGCCACAGCGCUCCUUUUGUGCACAGCCUCGGACACAGACCCGAGUCAUCUGCUUUGAACAAACUAACUCUCCGUUUCCAGCGGCUGGUUGCCUGCUCGUUUCCGAACGACUCAGUGAUGACAGCGGCCGUGGGAAAGGACGGACGCGUUUCUUCUGCGGGGAGCGGCGGUGCGCAGGAGCGCGCUCCGGUGUUCGGCAUCGUCAACAUCCUCCGCUCCUGAGACGCACUCAGAUCAGCACCUCCGUGAGAGAUGUACUGCGGACUGCCAAUGAUUUUUCCUCCUCCAGUUCAAAUUCAAAAGCAGGGAAAGUCUGCAUUUCUAACUGCUCCCUUUCACACUGAGCUCCGACAGACACAUCUUGGCCACAGCUAAACCUCUGUGUUAGUUCUCCUUUUGUGUGGCAGUUUUCACUCAUCAGUCCGUCCCUAUGGCUUCCUUUCUGGUAUCGAUUCUUCUUCUGGUUCUCCAGACAUACGCUGCCCCAUCUGAGCUUGUUAAGGCAAGCUUUAGUAUUGCCCUGGAUGCCAUAGACCUUGAUCCAGUUCUACAUGCCAAUGUCUCAGAGGAUGCAACUUCAUCCCCGCCCCCAGGGACAACCAAACGGACCCCUCAUAGCAUCAUAAUUGGGGUACGAAAAGGGGGAACCAGAGCACUAUUGGAGAUGCUUGACAUACACCCUGAGGUUGCUGCAGCCGCCACUGAGGUACACUUCUUUGACUGGGAUGAGAACUAUGCUAAGGGUCUUGAGUGGUACCGUGACCUCAUGCCCUACUCAUACCCUGAUCAAAUCACGAUAGAAAAAACUCCAGGUUACUUUACUUCACCUCUCGCUCCAGAACGAAUCUGUUCUAUGAACUCAUCCCUUAAACUGUUGCUGAUCUUGCGUGACCCAGCUGAGCGGGUGAUCUCUGACUACACCCAGGUUUAUUUCAACCGGCUGGAGAACCAUAAACCAGUGCAAGCUAUUGAGAACCUUCUCGUGCGGAAUGGAGCCCUUAAUAUUCGCUAUAAGGCUAUUCAGAGGAGUCUGUAUGACGUUCAUAUGCGCAACUGGCUGAAGCACUUCCCUCUGGAGCAGAUACACAUAGUAGAUGGGGAUGCUCUGAUCCAUGACCCCCUGCCAGAGCUUCAGAAGGUGGAGCGCUUCCUGAACCUGCCUCCAAGGAUAGUUCCCUCUAAUUUCUACUUCAACCAGACCAAAGGGUUUUACUGCAUCCGGAGUGAUGGACGAGAGCGGUGUCUGCAUGAGUCUAAGGGACGUCCUCACCCCUCCGUUAACAGCACUGUCCUGCAGCAGCUUCGCUCCUACCUACGGGAACACAACCAGAACUUCUUCCGGAUGGUCAGGCGCACCUUCAGCUGGCAAUAAGAAACCUGCAUCACCGACGGGACUCUGUAGAGCCGCUACAUAAGGACGAAAAAAGCAGCACUUUACACACACUGUACAUUAGGAAAAGAGCAAUCUCUUAUUGAUUACUUUUACAAUCUGGAUUCAGCAAAACAGUUCUAUAUUUACACAAUGAAGAUAUAGAAGACAAAAAAAUGUAACUACAGGCAAAGGUUCAGGAUGAAGUUAUUUCUUUCCCUGCUGGAAACAUUGGGCUUGUGAGAUAGCAGUGAAAAUGAGUUAGUGAAACUGAUUAACUUUUGCCCGACUUUCUUGUUUGAUAUUCUU